CGACAUAGCCAGAGCGACGGAUGCACCCUGGCCCUGGCCCUGGCACUGGGACAUUUUGUUCCUGAAGAUGCGCGCGGGCCAUCGUCAUCACGUGGUGCUCACUCGGCUAUUUGUCUUUUUUGCCUUUCUCUUCGGCAUAGCCACUGCCAUCGCCGCCGGCCGUUGAUGAGCUUCGAUCAUCGGUCGGUGUCGCAGAUCUCCAGUCCAGCCGCCCGCGUAAGUGUGAAAGCAGCCAAUUGCCUUAAAAAAGGCCAGCAAAUCCAAAAUCUAACGGGAUCCGGAGCCGCCGUCGCGGCCGGCAUUUGCGGCAUAAAGCGCCUGAAUCUACUGCUCUUCUUUGGUCGGGAUGGAGGUCUUCGAGGUGAUGAGAAUGACCGCCGAUGCCGAGUUGGUGCUGAAGUUCCAGAGUGCUAUAGGCAUCAUCGAGCGCGCCAUAAGCCAGUACGGGUUCGAGGGAGUAGCUUUCAGCUUUAAUGGAGGAAAGGAUUCCACAGUUUUGUUGCAUCUUCUUCGCGCUGUGUAUGCGAGGUCGGCCAUUGUGUCGCCUAAACAUUCUUCAGUUGUUGGCAAUGAGGACCAAUUGCAAGAUGGUUUCAUUGCUGGACCGAUUCCUCGAAUCCGGACAAUUUACUUUGAGUCGGAGGAUGCCUUUCCACAAAUUCAGCAGUUCACGACAGAUAUGGCAGAGCAGUAAGGCACAGACCAUGUCCCCUAUUGCUUGCACCCUCCUCCUCGCCUCCUUCUCCCCGCCCCCUUCUCCCCUAGGUUACUCUCUCUCUCUCUCUCUCUCUCUCUCUCUCUCUCUCUCUCUCUCUCUCUNUUUUAUUUUUUUUUAAAACAUAAUAAUAAAUGCGAGCUUCCUUC